AUGAUGAGUAUCGGGAAACGUAAAUAUUUUUCUAUCACUGAUGCAGUGUCAUCAUCAUCACCAAAGAAAAAACGUUUUUUACAACUUACGCCGUUUAAUGUUAAGCAAUCCAUGAUUCCAGCUAAUCUAUGUUAUCUAAGUCAAAUACCAAUUGAAAUGCGUGAUUUAAUUUUAUUAAAAUUAUCUCCAUAUGAACUUCAUCAAUUAGCCAGUACGAGUAAUGAAUAUUUUUCUAUUGUAUUAAAUUUUCUACGAUCAUCGAUGGGUACUCGUUAUAUUCAAUUUGUAUUGCAAAUAACACCAGAUCGUCGUCGAUCUGGCGCCUGGGAAAAUCUUGGUCGAUUGUAUGGAUUAAUGACAAGUCUAUUACCGCUUGUACGUCGUAUACAAAUGAUUAAAGAAGUACUUUUUAACAAGUUGAAUUUAUCGGAUGAUGGCUCUUGUAUGGAAGAUUUAUCUCGUAUUGGUCGAUUUUUUGGUGAAGCAACAAGACAUUGGUCUGAACGAGAAAUUGCUUGGGCAUUUUCUCAAUUAGAUUCUCAUUUACAAUUACAAAAAAAAAUCGAUCGAUUUUAUUCAUGUGAACAUGUCGGUGUUGAAACUCAACUUGAACAAUCAAUACGUUCGUGUUUUCGUUUGGUUUAUUUUGAUUCGAUUCGACUUUAUGCCCAUCGUGGUUGUCUAUUAAAUGUAAUUCUGUAUAAACAACCGAUUUGGUUUCAAGCUCGACUUAUCUAUUUACUAUUUGGACCGAUGUCAUUAAAUAAAAUCGAUUGGGAAAAAUUUUCUCGUGAUCGGUCGGAUUUUCUUAUCUAUCCGAAUGUUGACGAAGAACAAGCUUAUUUUGAUUUAAGUCGUGCUUUCAAUGUACUCAACCGAUCAGCACAUGCUCAAAAAGCAUGGAACAGUAACAGUAAACUUGCUCUAUUAAAUGAGCUUAUCGCUCAACCAGUAUCCUGGAAAUCUGAAUAUGUCGCUGAAUUAUUAUUCUACUGUGGUAGAGAAUUGUUAACCAACGUAUUGAUUGCUUUUGCUAUGAAAAACUAUCAUAAAGAAUAUGCUCAAUUAAUUCAGUCAUUAUGUGUAGUUGCUCGCCAACGUAAAGCGUAUUAUGAAAUAAUUCAAAUGGCUGUAGAAGAUUCAUUUGAACGUUGUACAAUUAUUGCUCAACGAAAUUCAAUCAUUAUUCAUUUACAAAAUGCAUUCCGUUGUGUGACAAGAAAUGUCAUUGCUGUUCUUGCUUCAUCGACCAUAACACCAGCAGAUCAAUUACAUUAUUUGCAACAACUUGAAGCAUUAGAUGCGCAAAAAGCAGCAUUGAUAUCAUUUCUUCUCACGAAUCAAAUUAAUCAGAAUAAUUAA